CCGUUUAGGCUAUCUAGUCAAUUCCCCCUCCCAGUCAUGACCAAUGAUUUAUGAGAAACCCUUCAAAAACCCUAAUUUCAUAUAAGUCACGAAUUCAGAAUAUGAAUAAAAGCCCCAUAUUUUUUAGUUUACAGUGAUGAAUCGACUGUGGGGAGUAUUUCGACUUAGCGAAAUGGAAAUUUUCCUCCACAAAUGCCGAAAAAUUACUUCUUAUUCAUUCAAAACCCAAAAAAUAAAUCCAAAGCCCUCAAUCCAAUUACCUUAUGUCCGAAAAUAUUGUAAUUCGAACCAAACAAUAUGGUCAGAUAUCAUAACGCUGUUUUCUGACAAGUGGAGCACUGAUUCUGUUUAUUCAAAAUUGAAGCAAGAUUUGAAGGACAAGGUUUCAAAAUUGAAAGACGAGAUUUUGAUGCAAAAUGAUGAUGUGGAGAAGAUAGGGAAAGUGUUAGAAGAAAAUGGGGUCGAGUUGUUUAGGAAUUAUUCUGAUGGAUCUGCUGUAGUGGAGCUCUACUCUCAGCUAAAGCCUUCGCCCCAUCUAGCUUUGGAGAUUUUAAAUUGGCGAAGGAAACAAUUGGACUAUGCCUCUCCUAUGACCGCAGAGGAGUAUGCAAAGGGAAUCACUAUGGCUGGUAGAUCUAAGAAUGUUGAUCUUGCAAUUGAGUUAUUUAAUGAGGCUGCCAAUAAACAGCUAAAAGCAGCAUCUAUAUAUAAUGCACUCAUGAGUGCUUACACAUAUAACGGUUUGGCCAUGAAAUGUCAGUCAUUGUUUCGGCAGUUGAAGAAAGAAGCCACAUGUACACCGACAAUUGUAACAUACAACAUUCUUAUUUCCUCUUUUGGCCGUUUGAUGCUUGUAGAUCACAUGGAAGCGACUCUUCGAGAGAUAAAGGAUUUAAAUCUCUCCCCAACUGUCAAUACGUACAAUGGUUUAAUCGCUGGGUAUAUUACAGCAUGGAUGUGGGAAGAAAUGGAAAAUACCUACAGGAUCAUGAAGGCAAGUGGUAUCAAGCCUGAUCUAGACACUGAUUUGCUGAUGCUUCGAGGAUAUGCACACUGUAGUAAGCUGGAAAAGAUGGAACAGGUUUAUGAGAUGGUAAGAGAUCAUGUCAAUCAAAAGGAGGUUCCGUUGAUUAGAGCCAUGAUAUGUGCAUAUUGUAAGAGCCCUGAUAUCAAUAAAGUUAAGAAGAUUGAGGAAUUGCUCAGACUAAUCCCGGAAAAUGAUUAUAGACCUUGGUUAAAUGUGCUCUUAAUUUGUGUAUAUGCAAGAGAGGAUUUAUUAGAGCAAAUGGAAAAUUCAAUCAAUCAGGCUUUUGAACAUAAUGCAUCCAUCACAACUGCUGGUGUGAUGCGAUGCAUUAUUUCAAGUUAUUUCCGUCACAAUGCUGUGGACAAGCUUGCUGAUUUUGUGAAGCGUGCAGAGUCUUCAGGUUGGAAAAUCUGCCGUUCUCUUUAUCAUUGCAAGAUGGUUAUGUAUUCAGCACAGAUGCGCCUUGCUGAAAUGGAGAGGGUUCUUGAUGAGAUGGAUAGAGUGAACAUGCACUGCACAAAGAAAACAUUCUGGAUAUUGCACAAGGCCUAUUCUAGGUGGGGUCAAAGAAGUAAACUUGAGCAGGUUUUAGGGAUGAUGUGCAAGCAUGGAUACAGAAAUUCUUUGAAUGCGUGAAGUUCAUAGAUAAUCCUUCCAUUGAACAACACGUGUUGAAAUUCUUGGAAACAAUUAAGCUAAUAAUAAUCAGGAUCAUUCUGUCAGAGAGACGAACUGCAGUUUCAUCAAAUUUAAAGGUUCUAGCCAAUUGAGUUAGCAAGAGUGACUCUUUUUCCUGCUCAAAGAAAGACGGGUCUGGUUCUCAUAAUGAUGCAGCAGCUUGUGUUUCUGGCCAAUCUGGCAAUUACCUCUAUUUGCACCAUCGAUUUCUACCUAUUUUGAGGCACCAAUUUGGAGUUAAAGCAGCACUACAAUAAUAACUUCAGAAAUAGUGAACAUGUAAAAUUUUCAAAAUUCCUAAAACUAUUGUACUGAUAAAACUAAUUUUAAAGCUGGAUGAUUAACAUCCUUAUAUGGACUGAUCAAGGGAGGAUUACAAUGUCUAAUUUAUUACAUUCUUUUAGGGACUUUUAAGAACAUGUUUUAUAACUUGGUUCACUCCAAAUUCAAUUGAUAAUCUGCUGCUCUCCUGGAGGAUUAGAAACAUACGCUUUGGAUGCAUGGAAAAACACAUAUAUGACUCAGGAGGUUCUUGUUUUGUGCUUCGUGUUUCAACAGACAAUAUUUUGUAAGAGAGCUCCCAUUCACUUGUUGCAUGUUGACUAGAGUUGCCGCACAUGAAUAGAAUGCUGAUUUCGGAGAAAUAGAAGCUAUCCUGGAUGACAUCAUGCCUGUAGUCGUGGUGGUAUGUUUCAUGUAUGCUGUAUACAAAACCUCAUUUAAAUGUUUCAGAGUGACUAAUGUGGAUCAAAUUUAAUAAAUAAAUAAAAAAUGAAGAUUUCAUAGAACAUUCGUACCGUGCUGCAGAUAUUUUUUUUCCGCAGGAUUGGACACUAUGUGACUUGUUCAAGCUCUCUUGUUGGCCUAAAUUUGUGCUUGUGGGGGUGGGUGGAGGUGGCAAGCUAAUUUGGUUUGUGACUUCUUCAACUUUGCACCUUUUUAUUUCCCCUUUUUUGAGAUGUAUUCAUACUAAUCAAAUUUGUUCUUGAUUAGUAAUGAUGAUUAUGAUACAUUAUGGUUUCAGGAUUCAUCGUUUAGGGCUCUAAAAUUUGAGUAGAUGUCUAGUAGGCUGAAUUUUUUUAGAUUUAUUGUUACAUUUUUUCAAGCAUGUGAAAACAAAGAGCCGGGACAUUUUGAGCGACAAUGUUAAAAAGUUGUAAACUAGGUUCUUACGCUCAUAACUAAAAUAUUUUUGAA